AUGGUGCUGGCGCACACGUCCAAGGUGGUGCUGGGAUGCGUGGCGUUCGGCAUCUUCUGGGUGCUGGCCGUCUUCCCCAGCGUGCCCUUCAUGCCCGUCGGCCGCACCGCCGGCUCGCUGCUAGGCGCCAUGCUCAUGGUGCUGUUCCGGGUCAUCUCCCCGGAGGACGCGUACGCGGCCAUCGACCUCCCCAUCAUCGGCCUCCUCUUCGGCACCAUGGUCGUCUCCAUCUUCCUGGAGCGCGCCGACAUGUUCAAGUACCUCGGCAACCUGCUCCAGUGGAAGAGCCGCGGCCCCAAGGACCUGCUCUUCCGCGUCUGCAUCGUCUCCGCCAUCGCCUCCGCGCUCUUCACCAACGACACCUGCUGCGUCGUCCUCACCGAGUUCAUCCUCAAGGUCGCGCGCCAGAACAACCUCCCGCCCCAGCCGUUUCUCCUCGCGCUCGCCACCAGCUCCAACAUAGGCUCCGCCGCCACGCCCAUCGGCAACCCGCAGAACCUCGUCAUCGCCGUCGAGAGCGGCAUCUCCUUCGGCCAGUUCCUCCUCGGGGUCUUCCCCGCCAUGAUCGUCGGCGUGCUCACCAACGCCGCCAUCCUCCUCUGCUACUUCUGGAGGUACCUCAACGUCGAGCCGGCCGACCAGGAGCGCGGCGGCGUCUCCGCCUCCGCUGGGCCCGAGGUCGUCGGCGACGACGAGGUCACCUCGCACCGCUUCACGCCCGCCAGGAUGUCGCACGUCUCCUCGAUCAACCCGGACGACUUCGACUGCGUCAGCGAGCCCAUCAUCAGGAGCGCCAGCGUCAACGGCGACCACCUGCGCAGCAGGAGCGUCAACUCCAACGCCAACGCCGCCGACGCCGACAUGCAGUUCUCCAUCAGGUCCCUCCGCUCCUCCAGCAUGUCGCACGAGAUGGUGGAGGUCUCCACGGUCCCCGUCCUCAUCGACGGCGCCUCCUCCAGGAAGUUCACCAGGACGGCCAGCCAGCAGAGGAGCGUCAUCAUCGAGGACGCGCCGCCGUCGUCGCCCACAGACGACGAGGCCGCCGCCAACGGCGACAAGGACAAGGGGGAGCUGCCCGAGGUCGUGGAGAAGAGGUGGAAGGUGCUGGUGUGGAAGACGGCCGUGUACCUCAUCACCCUCGGCAUGCUCAUCGCCCUCCUCAUGGGGCUCAACAUGUCCUGGACCGCCAUCACCGCCGCUCUCGUUCUCCUCGCGCUCGAUUUCACCGACGCACAGGCCUGCCUCGAGAAGUGGCAGGUGUCCUACUCGCUGCUCAUCUUCUUCUGCGGGAUGUUCAUCACGGUGGACGGGUUCAACAAGACCGGCAUACCCAACACGAUGUGGGAGCUGGUGGAGCCCUACUCGCGGAUCGACAGCGCCAGAGGCGUCGCGCUCCUCGGCCUCGUCAUCCUUAUCCUCUCCAACGUCGCAUCAAAUGUUCCAACAGUUCUGCUGCUGGGGACGAGGGUGGCCGCUUCUGCGGCGGCGAUCUCGCCGGCGUCGGAGAGGAAGGCGUGGCUGAUACUGGCGUACGUGAGCACGGUGGCCGGGAACCUGACACUGCUGGGGUCGGCGGCGAACCUGAUCGUGUGCGAGCAGGCGAGGCGGGCACAGUUCUUCGGCUACAACCUCUCCUUCUGGAGCCACCUCCGGUUCGGGGUGCCGUCCACCAUCAUCGUCACCGCCAUCGGCCUCCUCAUCGUCAGCAGCUACUGA